UCCUGUGAAUGAGACUGGUUUUGUUGAGCUGGUAUUUGCACAGGGUGACACCCCCUUUCACACGGCCUGCCUCCUCCCUGUGUGACUCAGUGUUGAGAGAGAAGCCUCUAAGCUGUUCAUUAACAGCGGAACAGAGGUGGGACGCACACCCAGAAAGCUCCGGGUGCCCAUUUGUUCCAGCCGGAUCCACUUGGGGAGCCACUGCGGGCCAGUUAGCCAAGAGUCCUGGGCUUCUAUGCGAGAAAGAUCCUCACUAGAAUCCAGCAUGUCGAAUUUUUCCUCAAGAAAAAAGUCUCCUGCUGGAAAUGAUCCCAAGAGCACCCGGGAAGCAGCGCUGAGACAACAGGGUUUUCAUGAUGCGAACAAAAGAAGGGCUUUCUUACAGGAUAACAGCUGGAUAAAGAAGCGCCCAGAGGAAGAAAAAGAUGAAAAUUACGGCAGGGUGGUGCUCAGCCGGCAUAACUCCCAUGAUGCUUUGGACAGGAAAAUAAUGGAGAGAGAGGAGCCGAAAGCCACAAUUAGCCGGUACAGAUCUGAGGACAUGCUGGACAGAACGCUGUCCACGUUUAGAACACCAGAAUCAACCAAGACGCCAGCUGGCAGCUCCUUUAAUGCAAACUCUACCGCCACGGCUUCAACCCCUGCUACCACUUCUGUGAAGAAAAAGAGACAGUCCUGGUUCCCACCACCCCCUCCUGGUCACGACGCCUCUCCUGGCGCAGGAGCCAUCAGAAGGGACCCAGCUCUUCACCCUCCACUCCCUCCGAAGCCCUGUUCUCCCAUUGAGUCUCCUAAACAACUGAGGCCGACUAAUAGGCAGAUACCUGCAGCUACAGCAGGGGCAUGUGGAGAAACCGACAGACAUGCUGAAAGAAAUAUAAGGACUCAGGAUCUCGAUGACAUCAUCAGGGUGGCGACUGCACUUCAGAAAACAGACAAGGGUGAAGAACUGGACAAUCUCAUCAGAAUGAACAAAAGCUUGAACAGAAAUCAAGGUCUCGAUGGCCUCUUCCGAGCAAACCUGAAGGCACAGCAGUUGGACAAAAGAGCCCAGAGCCUUGAAAGUCUGAUCUAUAUGAACACCCAGAUGGACAGGGAUGGCAAAGGAAAUCAAGCCUUCGGGAGCCUUAAGAAAGUCAACCACAGGGCUGACACCGACAGAGGAAGCCAAGAUCCCAGAGCAGUUAUCAGAACAAAUGCCAUGGCAGAGAGACGCAGCAGCAGAGGUAAAGAUCUUGAUAGUGUCAUGAAGAUCAACCCCAAAGGACUUGAAACUACCACAGGAAAACAAGACCUCGAUGGACUGAUUAAAGUGAACCCUGACACAAGUAAACAUAUGAAAAGGGGCCAGAGCCUUGACAAUCUCAUCAAAGCCACCCCGGAAGGAAACAGAAGUAGCAAAGGGGGUCAAAGUCUUGACAAUUUCAUCAAAGGGGUUCCUGCAAGGAGCAGAGCUAACCAAGGGAACCAAGACAGGGACAGUCUUAUCAAGGUGACCUCCUCAGCAAACAAAAGCAACCAGCACAGUCUUGAUGAACUUAUUAACAAAAGCCCCAAAGCUGCCAAAGCCACUGCUGGACACCAAGAUCUCGAUAAGUUCAUCAAAGUAAAUCCUGAUGUUCUUACAAACAACCAAAGAAACCAUGAUCUAGACAGCACCAUGGGAGGGAAUCCUACAGCGAUCAGGGGCGACCAAAGCCGAGACUUGGACAGUCUCAUCAAAGCAAAGCCUUCUGCUCUCCGGAACGCAAACCGAGAUCAGGACCUAGAAAGUUUAACUGAAGUAAAUUCUCAUGUGUCUGAAGAGAAAAAUGGGAGGCUAGAUGGCCAAGCCAAUGGAUUCACUAAUAGUCUACUCAAGGAGUCCACAAGAACCUCGGUCUAUUCUUAUGAAGCCAGAAACAGCCUCAGCUCCAAUUCUGGGACCAGGAAUGCAGGUCCCAAGGAUACUGUUGUUUAUACAAGGACGUAUGUGGAGAACAGUAAAUCGCCAAAGGAUGGAUAUCAGGAAAAUAUCUCAGGAAAAUAUAUACAAACUGUUUAUUCAACUUCAGAUAGGUCUGUCAUUGAAAGAGAUAUGUGCACUUAUUGCCGCAAGCCCCUGGGGGUAGAGACCAAGAUGAUUUUAGAUGAGUUACAGAUCUGCUGCCAUUCCACUUGCUUUAAGUGUGAAAUAUGCAAACGGCCUUUGGAAAAUCUACAGGCAGGAGACAGUAUUUGGAUUUAUAGACAGACAAUACACUGUGAACCCUGCUACUCUAAGGUGAUGGCUAAGUGGAUUCAGUAAUUCCAACACGUAGAAAUGAAGAUGAACACCUUCUUUGAGGAAAUUUAAAGCAACAUUUUAAGAAUAUGUAAUCUAGAAAAGAUCUGCACUGCAUAUCAUCUCUUGUAUCAAAAUAACAGUUUUGUUGUUGCACAAAGAAUCCAACUACCUUGAAGAAGGGUGCAUACCUGAAAAGAAUCACCUGGUAUCUGGCAAGGUUUAGUGAUUAAAAAAAAAAUCUACGUAGUUCUACUUACCAAAGUCAGUGGCCGUGAGCAUUCUCAACCCUGAGCGGCCAUCCUGUUCCGUACUUGGCUGUCCAUCUCGGUUUCCACUAUAACCCAGUUUUUCAUCCUCACCUCCAUCCCCCUAAUAAUUUGCACUAGAGCAUUAUUGACACCCUGACAAAUAGGUUGCUGGAAGCAAGACAUCCUUCUUUUCUCUACAAAAGAAAAUGCACAUAGCAAUUUUAUUAUAAAUUUUUGGUUCAAGAUAUCAAUGUUACAAGUUGUUUGGACCUUAGAAAAUCACUUAAGGUUUCCAGACUUUCCAUGACACUAUCUGUGACACCACAGCUAUUAGACAAAGUGACUUCAAAGUUUUCCUUUGCUUUUCCUAUCCUCUGAAUCUAAAAGAGAUUUGGGUUUCCUGAUUAGAAAUACAAUGGUAUAUUCAUUAGCUGGGAAAUAUAAAUAAUUUCACCUAAGUGUCAUCCUUCAGUUUAUCACAGGCAUAGCUUUUGAAGACUCUUAUUAAAACUGAAAUCAAUAGCUCUAUGGGUGAUAGGUAAGAUCAGGUAACGUGUAAUUUGUCUGUCUUUGCAUGUAUUUCAAUAUCUGAGUGAUCAAAUAAUCUGAGAAGUAACAGCUGUGUAUUGCAAACAUGUGAUGUAUGUUCAUGUUAUAAACAGUUCAUGUUUACA